AUGAUCCUCGUGCAGUCGCGCAGCUUCCAUGGCAGCCCUUGUCGACCUUGGCCUGUCCAAUCGUACCUCCGCAGCCAACUCAGCCUUUAAGCCCCCUACAAACGCGCCUACUAGAGCCUUCUCGGGCCAAUCCCGAACCCGGCUUGCUAUCCUCUCAAAUUCCUUUUGAUAUAAUAAGUCAGAAUGUUAUCACGUAUUCAGUAAUGUUAAAUCUUCUCAAUAUCCAGAUGCCGCCACGUAGGGAACCCAAUCAUCAGGCUCCUACUCAGGCUACGGUAGUCGCUCAGUUCCGCGACUAUCACGCUGAAAAGUUCUCAGGGCAGGGAGAUCCCCGCAUUGUAGAUGAAUGGAUUCAGGGUUUGGAGUUUAUCUUUGAGAUCAUGGACUGCCCCGAUAGAUAUCGCGUAGUUUGCGCUCAACUUCAGCUCACUGGUGAUGCUAGGCUCUGGUGGAAUGCCUACUGGAGCAUGCGUCCCGGUGAAAAAGCGGGUUGUACAUGGGACAUGCUCAAGAAGCUAGUCCGCGAAAAGUACUACCCCGCUUACUAUCGGGCAGAGAUGGAGCGUCAGUUCUUAGCGCUCCAGCAGGGCAUUCGUAUGGUUGAUGAGUACGAGAGAGAGUUCACUAGACUUGCAGCUUUCAUACCGGACCUAGUUCGCACGGAGGCUCAGAGAGCGCAGUGGUUCAUUGACGGGCUUUACCCAGCAGUCCGUCACGACAUCAUAGGACACGGGACUCAGACCUACGCUCGUGCA